AUAGCAUAUGAGGUUAGGUGAAGAGAGAAAAAAAGUCCAUAGAUAGUAGACACAACGAGAGGAACAGAUAGCACUAACUAAGCUCAAAGCUAGAAGAAUGGCCAUGGCUAUUGCUUCUUUCCGCAUUGUUCUUCGUCACAUAUUCCACACCAACAACACCCACAACUGUUUCUUCACUCCACCACCCCAACCAACUGGUUUUCUUUUCAACCGUCGCGCCACGUUGCGGCACCGUCUUCUCUCAACCAACUAUUACAGUUACAAGGUUGUCGCAAAGGAAGACGAACGGUUAGUUAAGAACGACAAUACCGAUGUUGUAAACUCGACAACAAUUGCAGCCAUUGUAACAUCGUUAGGCGGUCCACCUGCCGCUGUAGGAAUCGUCCGCCUUUCGGGUCCUCACGCGGUGUCUAUCGCGGGACGAGUUUUUCGACCGGUAAGGAAUAAGUGGCAGCCUACUAGCCAUGUUGUUGAAUACGGCGUUGUUAUGGAUUCCGAUGGAAACAUCGUUGACGAGGUUUUAGCGGUGCCGAUGCUAGCACCGAGAUCGUAUACGCGUGAAGAUGUGGUUGAACUUCAAUGUCAUGGGAAUGAAGUUUGUUUGCGUCGUGUGCUUAGGACUUGUUUGGAAGCUGGAGCAACACUUGCUCAGCCAGGAGAGUUUACUCUUCGUGCUUUUCUGAAUGGUCGUUUGGAUCUCACCCAAGCUGAAAAUGUUGGAAAAUUGAUUGCGGCCAAAUCUGUGGCUGCCGCCGAUGCUGCGUUGGAAGGAAUCCAGGGUGGUUUCUCAUCUCUUGUUAGAUCAUUGAGAAGUCGGUGCAUUGACUUGCUCACUGAGAUUGAAGCUCGUCUGGAUUUUGAAGAUGAGAUGCCGCCUAUAGAUUUGAAUGGGAUUAUGGAUAAAAUACAACAUAUGUCACAAGAUGUUGAGAAUGCAUUGGAAACGUCAAAUUAUGACAAGCUUCUGCAAUCUGGAUUACAGAUAGCAAUUGUUGGCCGUCCUAAUGUUGGCAAGUCAAGCCUUCUUAAUGCAUGGAGCAAAAGUGAGAGAGCAAUAGUUACAGAAAUUGCUGGAACCACUCGAGAUGUGAUUGAAGCAAGUAUUAACAUCAACGGCAUCCCCAUAACCCUUCUCGAUACUGCAGGCAUCAGGGACACUGAUGACAUUGUGGAAAAAAUAGGUGUAGAGCGGUCCGAAGCCGUUGCUAGAGGUGCUGAUUUAAUAAUCAUGACUGUGAGUGCUGUUGAAGGGUGGACUUCUGAAGACACCAAACUUCUUGAAAGGAUUCAAUCUGCUAAGAAUUCAACUGGAUCUUCCACCCCAGUAAUCCUUGUGGUCAACAAGAUAGAUUGUGAGCCUUGUGCCGAGACUGAAUGGGACAAAGGAUGUUACGGCCACGAAAUAUUCAGCAAACAAGUGUUUACAUGUGCUGUAACCAGUCAAGGAUUACAAGACUUAGAGAGGGCAGUUUUAGAGAUUGUAGGCAUGGAUGGCAUCGCUGCUGGGGGUCACAGAUGGACCAUCAAUCAGAGACAAUGUGAACAACUUGUUCGGACGAAGGAAGCACUUACGAGAUUACAAUCAUCAAUAAAGGAGGAACUACCUCUGGAUUUUUGGACAAUUGAUUUGAGGGAUGCUGCGUUGUCCCUUGGACAGAUAAGUGGAGAAGAUAUAUCAGAGGAGGUUUUAUCAAAUAUAUUUAGCAAAUUCUGUAUUGGUAAAUAGGAAACGCCUUCCUCCCUACACGGUACUCGGUAAUUUUCAGCAUGUUUUUUUCCAACAUAUUUGAAACAUGUAAACUAACUCUAUCUGGGUCAGUAGGGAUAAGUUCUGUUUUAUAAUUAUUUGUUGUGCUGUUCUGGGUCAUCUUACCUUUUCAAUUAUGAUCAAAUAGCCUGGGCUACUGGACAUUAUAUAACCAUUCUUUCAGAAUUCAAUGGCAUAGAGAACAACUCUUCUCACA